CUUUCCUGGCCACAAACAGGCCUUUCCGGUCCUCAGGCACCAGCCAGCGUGUGUCCAUGUUUGGGGGGCAGAAACAUGGCCCCCAGACUGCCCGGGGGCCGGGGGAGGAGGGGCUCAAGCUUCCCAGGAGGCCUUUGGCCUGCCGCCUCCAGGACAUCUGCUGUGGAAGGAGGGCACUGUGAGUGUCAGGGCCAGGUGGCCAACUGGCAGGCCGCAGCCCAGUCCUCCCCAUUGGCUCAGUGGUCCACUCGCCCCAUCUUCUCUCACUCACCAGAAGGCCUGUAGCCCCGGGCUAGUUUAGUGGAGACCCUGGGCCCACCGGCCAGCUCCAGGCCAGCCUCUGGGGCUCCACCACCAGAAGCUGCAGACAUAUUCCUGAGGAGGGAGGGAAUUCCUGCUCCCACUAAAGAAACGCCCCGUCAGAGCCUCCCCCGGACCCCAGCACGUCCCCUAGAAGCCCUCAAAGUGGGGGAGCUCGGCUCCCUUCCCCAGGCUGGCCACCCCUGGGCAGCCACAGCUCUUCCCAGAGCCGGAGAGAGACAGCGUGCGAGCCGAGGCCUCGCCAGACGACGCUGGCAAUGACAGGGCAGCCCAUCCCUGGGUCGGCUUUACUGCGAAGGGAGCAGGCCGCCGCUACCUGUCAGCUCUCCAGGGAGCUUUCAUAGACAGCUCGCUUGAGGCACCCACGCGGCAGCAUGGGGGGCAGCUGCUCUGGCCCACGCGGUACCGCAGGUUCCUAGGCGAGGAGGCUGAGGUUCCACGUGGUCGAGAGGCCGCCCUUUCUCCUGUGCCGGGCAGGAAGAAGGCUCAAGGCUCCAGGAAGGCCGGGAGUCCAGGGCGUGGAGAGGAUCGGCCCAUCCGGCCCAGGCCUUUGAACUGGCGGAACCCUCCACGGCCGAGUCCCACUUGGCGUGUGGCUCGGACUCUCCCAGGCAGCCAUGCCCAUCUCGGUCCCCGUGCUGCUCUUCGUCCUGCUCCUGGCAGAUGGGACGAGUGCCUUCCGGAUCUGCGCCUUCAAUGCUCAGCGGUUGUCGGUCACCAAGGUGGCGAAGGUCCGCAUCAUGGACUCUCUGGUCAGGAUCCUGGCUCGGUGUGACAUCACGGUGUUGCAGGAGGUGGUGGAUACCUCGGGCGAUGCCAUUCCUUUGCUGCUCAGGGACCUCAACAGGUUUGAUGACUCGGGCCCCUAUAGCUUCCUGAGUAGUCCUCUGUUGGGCCGCAGCACCUACAUGGAGAAAUACGUUUAUGUGUACCGGUCACACAAGACCCAGGUCCUGGGUUCCUACGUGUACGAAGAUAAGUCGGACGUCUUUGCCCGAGAGCCGUUUGUGGCCCAGUUCAGCCUGCCCAGCAAAGUGCUCCCCAGGCUGGCCCUGGUGCCACUGCACACGACCCCCAAGGAUGUGGCCGCGGAGCUGGACGCCCUGUAUGUGGUCUUCCUCAAUGUCUCCCAGCACUGGCAG